UACAGCUAUAAAUUAGCAUGGCCUCCAACUCAAAAAAAGUGAUAUGUGAGAAUGGCUGUGCCAAAGCUACUAGAGUUGCUAAAAAAUUUGACCCUUUUCGCUCAACACCUAAGUCAAUUGUCACCAUUGACUUUGGAACAACUCAUUGUUCUGUAUCGUCUCUACUAGACGUCAAUGCAUGCCCCGACCCUUCUGUACUGGACCCAGUGCUUCUGAAUCUUGAUACUAAAUGUCGAAAAAGAGUGCCUUCUUGCAUUCUCUUUGACAAGUUUGGCGACAGAAAAGGUAUUGGAUACGAAGCGAGAGAAGAAUAUGCGACUCUUGGAAUGAGAGUGAGACCAGCAUAUGCUUUUUUUGAGCAUGUUAAGAAGGAAAUCCAAAGAAAAGAAGAUGUUGAUAGAAACCACAAGAUCCAAGCUAUGAAUGGAAAGCAGUACUUCCUCAUUGAUGUGAUUGCACACAUUUUGUGCCACCUAAAGGAGAUGAUCCUUGAAGAAAUUAAGGAUGAUGGAUUUCAUAGUAUAGAAGAUGUCGACUGGGUUGUUACUGUUCCUGCAAUCUGGAAAGCAAGAGGGAAAAGAAUGAUGCGGGAGGCUGGAUACAUGGCUGGCUUAUGUGAUCCUCAUGUGAAAAUGGGUAACCUGGAAGAAGCUACAGGACGAGUACAACCUCCACCAAAGGAAGAAUCUAAUCCCGAAAAACUAUCGCUUGCUCUUGAGCCAGAAUCUGCAGCAAUUUGGUGUAAGAAAAAGAUUGAUACCGCACAAAGAAAUGAUGUUGAAACCUAUCUGGUUGUGGAUUGUGGUGGUGGCACUGUGGACAUAGCUACCCAUGGAAUUAGCAAUGGUCAUGUUCAAGAAUUAGCACCUUCGGCAGGUAACAUGAGCGGCGGAACAACCAUCAAUGAAACGUUUCGACACUUUUUAAGUUGUUUUAUUGGUGAUCCGGGUUUCACUCGGUACUUCAGUGUACCUGAUCCUGUAAAAAGAUCAAAACGGGUGUCAGAUAUAAACAAAAUUGUGUACACAGCCUUUGAAGAGCAGAAAAUAAUUUUUGGCAAUCAAGAACGGAAAGAUAGUUUUGUUGUGGAGUUUACCUAUGCUUUCAUACAAGAUUUUGGCAAGCUGAUGGAAGGGAAGGCAGAAAGUCUUAACCACACAAAUGUCCAGAUCGAAGAAGAUGGGUCAAAAAUGAGAUUAUCUCGUUCAAAAAUGGUGGAGUUUUUCAAACCAACUAUUGAUGACAUUAGUAAACUGAUUUGUGACCACAUUCGUGCUAAAGGUUUGGCACCUACACUCGACAAAAUUUUUUGGAUUGGUGGAUUUGGCGGGUGCAGAUAUUUGAGAAGUCAACUUCAAGAAGCUAUCAACAAUCAGUUUCAUACUGAGCUCAAAAGAGAAUACGCAUGCAGUUGUCCAACUGAGCCGCAGUUAGCCAUAGUAAAAGGUGCACUGGCGUUUCGGUGUGAUCCUAGUGUGAUACAAAAACGAAAGGCUGAUGCUACGUACGGGAUAGCAUGCAGUAUGCCAUUUGUCAAAGGCAAGCAUCGACCAGACUACAGUGUAGAUGAUGAAGACAACCGUUCUAAAAAGUGGUGUAAAAACAUUUUUUCAACGUUUAUUGAGAGAGACGAGAGUAUCUGCACCAAUGAAGUUUUUGUAACUAAUUAUGUCCCACUUUCCAAAUCACAGAAGACAAUGACGUUAACUUUCUACAGUGCUCUACAUCCAAACGUGUGGUAUACGACUGAUCGUGGUGUUAAUCAACUAGCCAAAAUGGUUGUCAAUAUUGCUGGUUACGGUCGGGAUAGGGACGUCGAAGUAGUUUUCGAUGUUACACACACUGAGAUACAAGUGUGCGUUCGAGACAAGCUGAGCCAAAACGAGUAUAAGAUUGUUAUCGAUUUCUUGUUUUCAGAGUUGUAAACUGAAUACAAUGGCUACAGAACUUAAAACAUGCUUUUAUUAGAACAUAAUUUAUAGUUAUACCCAUAAUUAUAUAGAUCUCUAUUGUCCUGAGUUUGUACAAUGAUAAUGUUUUGCACCCUUCGUAAUAUUUAAA